CGCGUACAGAGAAACAGUGGUAUAGAGUGAUUGUAUGCUCGGCUCUCAUGAUGAAUCUUGGACGAAACGCGACUGAAGUGUUGUGGAUAUUAUGAGCCCUCUUGAUCCGGCUUCGACGCGCGAAAUCGACGCUGAGAGUGGGAGCCACCACGACUUCGAGUCGCUCGAGCAGCCAGAGGCGUCGCAAAUCCGCGCUGAAUCACUGGACGCCCCCACUCAGGACCCGACGAUUGCCAUCAAGGCAGAGCAGGAUGAACGGCAUGGCGACGGCGACCGCGAUGCACUCGAGAACGCCGCCGAAGCGACUAUCAGGCCAGAUACACCACCCAGCAAGAAGAGGAGGGAACCCGAGGCUGACUUGCACUCUUCCACUCCCGAGCCAACGCAUAAUCCCAACAAGAAACGCAAGAGGGGCGCGAGUCCGCCUUGGCAGUUUCCAGUUGCGGCGCUGUCUACGCUGAAGUCCGCUGAUGGUCGGAGAGUUUCAGCCAGACACUCCAAUGUAGGCACUCCUGGGUUAUCUGGUUCAGAUGCAGAGACGACAACUGCCAAAUCGACCAAAUCGCGGGCACGCAGCCAGAGUCAGAGCACUCCCGCAGCAAACUCACGUCCGCCGUCUCCACCCUGGAAGAAGUUUGAAGCACAGGGGCCCACCUCCAUUAUCGUGGAUGGACAGCGUAAGAGCGGACGUGCCAACAAAGAGCUAGUAUCCAGUCCUAAGCGUGUGAGUCCGAGGAGCAAGAAGCCGGUGAACAAGCUGGGCGCAGAGAAGAAGACUAGUAAUAAUGCAGAUACAAAGCCGUCUGCAAGCAAGAGUAUGGGAGGAACCACUCGCAAGGCUGAGCCACAAUCGGACAAGCAGUCCAACGCGGAUUCAAAGAGGCCGGGAAAUGGAGUGGACAAGCCGUCUGAGUCCAUCGCAAGCGCACAGCGAAUCGCAGAGUUGCAAGCGCAGAUUGCAGCUUUGCAGCCUACUCGAUCAUUUCCUACUCCUACAAAGCCGGACUCGCCGCUAGUAAAUGGGGCCAAAGGCAGCACGGGAAAUUCGAAGACGAAGUUGAAGCGAGAGUCGUCGCCAGCUUUGCGGCGCAAAAUGCAUAGCCCCAGCGGUGCAUCACUCGGGUCACCAGAGCGCUCAAAGCCAUCACCCCGGCUGAAGCUGAAAGUUGCUCCCCGGCAAAUCAUCCCACCGCCAUGUCCACAAGCACAGAUCCCAUCGCCUUUACUCCCGCCCCGACUGUCAAUAUGGCAACUCCUCGAAGACUUCGAGUUGCAGGAGCGGCUAGCACCGUCUAUCGAGAACGAACGUGGACCGAAGAGCGUAGAGGAGCUUGCGGAAGAGGAGGAGAAAUUUGUAGCACGCGAAGCCGCCGCCAGGAAGAGGCUACUCGAGGCAGCCAAACCAGGAGGAGCAUUGAGUGCAGAGAAUCUCAGUCUGUUUCGCGAUGACUACCAGCCCGAGCCGCCGCCACAGUAUGGGCACCAUGAUCAUUUGGCAGCUCAUGCACUACAUCUCCGAACGCUUCAAGUCCGAGAGAAGACUCAACAUCGGAUGUUUGCCAAAAAGCUGGCGCAAGAGGCUGUGGAUGCGUGGAAGGCUAGGAAUGGACCGACGGAGGAGGAUUUGAUCGCUGAGAGGAACAAGAUCAUUGACUACGUUAAAAAACAAAUCGUGGUUGACAUGAAGGCGAAGUGGGAGAUGGUAGAACUGCACGUCAAGGACAUGAAGCGACGAGCAUGGGAGAAGGAGCAAGAGCGUGUUAGGGAAGAGAAGUUGCAGCAACGGCUUAAGCACAGCGAGAACCUGCUAGCAAAGCAGCGAGGAGUGGCAGAUGGCGAAGGGGACAGUGAUAUCGACAUGGAUGAAGAUAGCGCGGGCGAUAUCGAAGAAUCGGAUGCAGAUGCUGAGGAAGAUGAUGACGGGGACACCGAAGAAGACUCGGAAGCGAACAUGGACAGCGAGGAAGAGGAAGAAGAGGAGGGUGAGAUGAGCGAAGAAGCCAUCGCAGCGUACAAGGCAGAACGAGAGGCCGAGCGGGAGGCAGAACAGGAAGAACUGCACGAUAUACCGCCCCCUGACAAAAAAGAUGACGUCGCAAUGGAUGAGUGUGACGAGGGAGAUGUGACUGGACUCUCCGCGCUGGAGGCUCCACCCGAAGAUGGUCAACCUAGGGAUCGGGAUGCUGCACAGGCCGAUCGCUUGACGGACGCGAAUGUACCACACACACGAGGUCAUAGCUCUGGGAUCGCUGCUCUGCUCCUGGACAGCAAUGAGGCAGAUGACCACUUGUCUUCUGAUGAAUCGACCGACAUGGAUUCGGAAGACUACGAUUCGGACGAGGACAUGAGCAGUACUGGAGAUGAGGCUGAAAACGACGACGACGACGACGAUGACGAUGAAAAUGAUGCGAGUGAUGAUGCAGGGCUACCUCCAAAGAUGCGAAGUUCAUUAUUGGGAUUUUUCAGCGACAAGGAUCUGUUGGGGGAGAAAGAUGGCGGUUUGCCUACGCCAAUGACCAGUGUAGAGAACGGCGGCGAUAACGAUAACCCGCGGCCGCAAUCCGAAGCUAGAUCCGACGCCCAAGGCGAGGCAGGUGCUGCUCCGAGUACGAACGACGUGAUGAAAAGCGCAGAAGAACCUCAACGCGUCUCGGACUCACGAGACGAAGACAUGCCGCCCGUCGAAGGCGACAUUGACGCCGAGCUUCAGGAGGUCGAGGAAGUGGACAGAAUGUCAGAGUCAUUUGAUACAGGCCUCACGAAGACACUUAUCCCUGUACCGACCCUCCUCCGAGGUACGCUUCGUUCCUACCAGCAUGCCGGUUUGGACUGGCUCGCCUCACUGUACCGGAAUGGCACAAAUGGCAUCUUGGCCGACGAAAUGGGCCUUGGUAAGACUUUUCAAACCAUCUCACUGUUAGCCCACCUCGCAGAAAAGCACGAAGUCUGGGAGACGCAUCUGGUCAUUGUCCCGACAUCUGUUAUUUUGAACUGGGUGACGGAGUUUCAGAAGUUCCUGCCUGGAUUUCGAGUGCUGGCGUACUAUGGAUCUGCAUCGGAGCGUGAAGCGAAGCGCAAAGGAUGGACCAACGACCCGCAUCAUGAGGAUCGAGCGAGGAGGGGAUAUAAUGUCGUGAUCACGAGCUACAACGUGGCAUCGCAAGAUAUCAAUGCAAUUCGCAAUCAGCAAUGGCACUAUCUCAUUCUCGACGAAGCUCACAACAUUAGGAAUUUCAACAGCCAAAAGUGGCAACUGCUCAUCCGCCUCAGAACGAAAGCACGCCUGCUACUCACUGGUACUCCACUGCAGAAUGAUCUGGCAGAAGUCUGGUCUCUGCUUACUUUCUUGACUGCGGGAGGCGAUGGAGAAACUUCGCAUGGUGAGCUCGAGGAAUUUUUGAGCCACUGGAAGGAUCCUGUGAAGGAGAUAUUCGACCAAGGCGUGCAGAAGAUUUCCGAAAAUGCCCAGCGUGUCAUUGAUCAGCUGCACGUCUCUCUUCGUCCAUUCCUGCUCCGCCGCAAGAAAGACGAGGUUGAGAAAGAUCUCCCGAAGAAGAUCGAGAGAGUGGUAGUCUGCAAGCUCAGCAAGCGUCAACGACAAUUGUAUCAAGACUACAUGGGUCUCGCAUCGACUCGGGAUACUCUCGCCAAAGGCAGCGGCGUUCAAGCCGGAGCAGUUUUGCUGAGCUUGCGCAAAGUGUGCAACCAUCCUGACCUUUUCGACCCACGGCCGAUACAGACGAGCUUCGCCAUGGAGUACAGUCCUUUAGAGGGCUACAGCACGCGCGAACAGCUUAUUCGACGCAUGCUAGGCUUUGCCCAGGACACUCCCCUCAAACUGCUAGUCACCAACAAUACCACGCUCCGAAAGUCAGCCACAAAUCGAUCCCGGCAGCUCGCAGCUGGAAGUGAACUCAGGCGCCAACUGAGCGAGCUUGAUUCUGCCGCAAUCGACAGUAGCCCCGACCCUUCCACGAUUGCUGGGUCCCGCGCUUUGCAACGUCUUCGACUGCGCGAGCGUAAACUGCAGCAGUUACGUUCUUGCAUCCAGGUCACGGAGUCAGCGCUAGAGAGUGAGCCUCUGAUUCCAGUAGACCUCCGCGAAGUUGUUACAGUGAGCCGAGGCCAGCCAUAUCUCUUCAAGCCUAGGGUGAAUCCAGUCGCCAAGACCUGGCACGGGCAUACACGACUGGGUCAGAGACCGCUACGCUUCGAGCAUCUCAGCGAUUGGCUUGUGGCUGAGGACACCCGCCUACAACGUGAUGUUGCGACCCUGGAUAGCUACGCUGAUCGACUGCAGGAAGUCAUCGUGCGCUUCGCGUUCGUACCACCGGCUGUGACUGUGCCUCUGCUGGACUACGCGAUACCGCCGAAGGUGCAAGAGUCCAUCCGCUCGUCGCCCCUGUAUCCUGUCGAUCAAGAUUUCGGUCACGAGGCUCGUGUGCGGAGCUCCAUCGCUUUCCCCGAUAAGCGUCUGAUUAUCUACGAUGCCGGCAAGUUGCAACGACUGACAUAUUUGUUGCGGGACCUGCAGUCGCGAGGUUCACGGAGCUUGAUCUUCACUCAGAUGACGGGCACUUUGGACGUACUGGAGCGCUUCCUCGGCUUGAUGAAUCUACCUUAUCUGCGACUGGACGGAAGUACUCCGGUCGAACGUCGACAGCUAUACUCAGCUGAGUUCAAUCGACCAGACUGCAAGUAUCAGUGCAUGAUCUUAUCGUCUCGCGCGGGUGGCGUGGGAUUAAAUUUGACAGGUGCUUCAUCCGUCAUCUUUUACGAUCUCGACUGGAAUCCUCAAAUGGAUCGCCAAUGCAUGGACCGUGCCCACCGGAUUGGACAGACGAAAGAUGUUGAGGUGUACAAGCUGGUCAGCGAGAAGACGGUCGAAGAGAAUAUCCUGCGGCGUGCCAACCAAAAGAGUCUGCUCGAUCAGACGGUGAUUCAGGAUGGCCACUUCACGACCGAGUAUCAGGUCAAGCGGGGCGGGGAUGAGAAAGAUGAUGAGGUGGAGGGAGCGAUUGAAGCCUUGCUGGGAGGCGACGAGCACGCGACGACGACUGCAUUGGCUUCGGUGGAAGACAAGGAAGAUGUACAGGCGGCGAAGGAAGCCAGCAAGGAAGACCGGACGGACGACGUCGACUUUGGCGAUCGCUCAUCCAAGGGACCUUCCAAAGCCAAUACUCCCGGACCAGGCGCAGCGGAAGAUGAUCCUAUGGAGGAGAUCGAAGCCGAACGCAAGGGCCACGUUGAACUGUACAUGAUCAAGCAGAUGGAGCAUUUGCUUCACGGAUGGGUGUAUACUCCGCCGGUAGCCAGGCUGGACAAAAAUGGCAGAGACCGCAGCCAUCGGCCGAAGAAGAGGAUUCGGUAGGAUUAAACCGGGCGAAUGGGAUAGAGUUUUGGGUUGGGGCAACGGUACUGCCACGAUGGCUAUGUAAGACUAGUCGAGAGGUGCGGGCACGAAUGGGUGUGGCUGGAUGAAAGCCACUGCAUAGAGCAAGAGUUCUUCUACUUACUGCAACAGAGGCAGUGCAUCCCAAGUGGAACUCUCCAAAGGCCGAAGGAUUGGUGGAGAUGAUCACGUACAGCAGUGGCAUACUAUAGCAUACCUGAGGAUCGCGAGAGAUGGAG